CGGGGUGAUUGAUUGAUUUGCAUGGCUUCUCUUCACAAGGCUUUCGAUGGAACUGUCAAGAGGCACCCAUUUUUCUUCGCGCUGCUCAUACUGGGAGCCGCGUUUGGAAUCGCAUGGAGGCUGAUUCUUCGUCCUCGACCACUUCACGUCUCUCUCCAAGAGAUUGACAUCUACCAGUGGAAUCUCACGCUUGGAACUUUCAACAAGAAUCAGAAUUCGAUCGUCUCCUCCUCCUCCAAGCUCCAGUUCCACGUAAGAAAUCCUUCCUUUUGCUGGAAGAUCGACGUCAAAGAGGCUCAAAUACGGCUCUCGCUCCUCACUGCACACUUCAAGCUCCCUCUUGCCACUGGUAAGGUAGAGUUCUUCCCAAAAACCAUCUUUUCCUUCUGGCAAAGUUCUCUUCUGUCAAGAACUUCUCUUCGAUCGCAGCUAGGGGGAUUUAUCACUGGAGCACGCAAGCAACAAGUGGUAAGAGCUUACGUUAUCGGUGAUAGAGUUCCCCUGUUCUUCGACUCCAAAUACAUGCCACUCCAAGGCUCGCCUUUCAAGCUCCUUUUCGAGGCCGAGCUUCGUUCCAAGCCGCGAUCAAAGUGGUUCUGGGUGCCUUUCGACUACAAGCACCAAUUCGAGUGCCAACUUAGCUGCUCGAUCAAGGAGCUGAGCCAAGGGAGAACCAAGCUUGUGAUUCAAAGUAACUUGUGUGAAGAAAUCUGGCGAUGAAGUUCUAAC